ACCGAACAAGCAUUUCAUUCAAAACACUUCUGACCAUUAUUUAUGUAUUUCUCUGGGUUCUAUACAAAUAAGGUACCUACAGGAUGAAAACGUCACUGCAGUUGCUGGCGUUGCUAGCCGCGCAAUCGUGUCCCGGGACCUCUGGCGCGCGGAUACUGGCGGUCGAACCCCACGGCAGCAAGAGCCACUGGCAGUACAUGAAGUCCAUCCUGGACCUGCUGACCGCCCGGCACCAGGUGACGGUCAUCACGCCGCUGCCGGCCGGCGACCGGGAGAACUACACGGAAAUCGACGCGUCGCAGGUGUUCCCCGUCUACCCGGUGACGGACGCGGUGCACAUGGUGGAGCGGUUCGGGUCGGUGGUGGACAUGCUGCCGCCGGUGCCGGAGCGCAGCCUGGAGCGCGACAUGUGCGACGCGUUCUACGACUUCGGCCCGGUCAGGGACCUGUUGCGCCGCGGCCCGGGCGGCCGCCCGUACGACGUGGUCCUGCUGGAGCCGCUCUGCUCGCCGUGCCUGUCCUAUCUGGCGCACAGGCUGCGCGUGCCCGAGGUGUACGCCAUCCCGUCGGCCAUGAUCACGCCCAUGGAGCGGCCGAUAUUCGGCACCGAGCCCAGCCCGUCGUACGUGCCCAACCUGCUGUACAACGGCGCGUCCAUGGACGGUUUCGCGCAGCGGUUGGCCAACGUGGCGCUGUUCGCGUACGUCAAGAUCGUGCCGUGGCUGACCAACGUCCGCAUGGCGUACCGCGAACCGAGGCGGUACGACGCGGCCGCGGUCCGGCACAAGCCGUCGUUGGUGUUCAUCAACACGCAUUUCAUCACCGAAUCGCCGCGGCCGUUUCCGGUCAACAUGAUACAGAUCGGCGGCAUCCACCUGCGACCUCCCGGAGCGUUGCCGGACGAUAUAUUAGAAUUUAUAGAAAAUUCACCACAUGGAGUAAUAUACUUUACAUUUGGAUCCGUGUCGUCUAUGUCAACUUUGCCAAAGCACAUUAAACAAACAUUCAUUGAAGCAUUUGCACAAGUUCCUCAAAGGGUAUUGUGGAAGUAUGACGGUGAAAUAAACGGAUUACCUAAAAAUAUAAUGACAAGAAAAUGGUUCCUACAGCGAGAUAUUCUUCUUCAUCCAAAUAUAAAGUUAUUUAUAAGCCAUGGUGGAAUAUCAGGAGUGUACGAAGCCGUAGACGCUGGAGUUCCGGUUCUUGGGUUCCCUCUUUAUUAUGACCAACCAAGAAAUGUGGCUAAUUUAGUGAAAGAAGGAAUGGCGUUAUCAAUGGACUUAUUAACUGUUAAUAAAAUUACGUUUUUGGAAAAAAUUAACGAGCUAAUCAAUGAUAAAAAUUAUUCUCACCGAGCAAAAGUUGUUUCAAAACGCUUCAAAGAUCGUCCAAUUUCGCCAUCAGAAAUGGUCAAUUACUGGUUCGAUUAUGUUUUACGUCAUAACGGAGCUUACCAUUUAAAUUCUAAAGCUCUUAAAUUAACUUGGUACCAAUACUUGCUAUUAGAUAUAAUCACUGUUGUAGUUACAUUACUUAUUGUUUUUGCAUACUUAACGUAUAUCCUCUUCCAUUGGUUUCAAAACUAUACAUUAAAUUUUCAAGAAUUUCACAAAAAAUUAAUUAUUAUUAAGAAACAGAGUUAA